AUAGCCCUGCUGCUGUGGUGCCCUCUUGUGACUGCAGACACCAAUUCUGCUGAUUAGUGUUCCCUCUGCCUACACAUUAUAGGAAGUUUGUGGAUUUUAAGAAAUGUCUUCUAGUUUCCUGGAGAAGUUCAGGCUGUAGGGAAGGUACUCUGUUUUUUGGUUGUAUUUUGGUUUUUGGUUUUUGGUUUUUUUUUUUUUUAGAGGCGAUUUAGGACUAUUGUUGAGCUUCUACCUGUACCCAGAAAGGAGAACAUUGCCUAUCACAUCCAUUUAUAAAUGUUUAAAUGUUUACAAAUACAUCUGACACGACUCUUACUAGCUACAUUAGUUUUAGUGCUACGAUGGGGCUAAAAUGGAGUCCUGUUCUCUUACUGUAUUUACUGCCUAUCUGCUUUCUUCUAUGUGAUCUACUUUAUAUGUUUAACUCAGCAUUCUAUAUAUGCUUCUUAGUUCUAUGCAGCGUAUAGAUCACAGGGUCUCUGAACUGAUCCCAUAUUCUGGUUCCUAAAUGACGUUGCAAGUGAAUUUAACUCGAGCAUCUCCAAUCCCUUUGCUCACCAUGGAUCACCCUCCUGUAUUUCCCGGUGAGGAACUUGCUGCAUUUAGCCUGUACAGUCUACUGGAACAGGUUUACUAAUUGUCACCGUUGUUAGCCUUCUCAAAGCAAUGGAGAACGUCACCACAGUGGAUGAGUUUCUUCUGCUGGAACUGACUUCCAAUCAGGAGCUGCAACCGAUCAUCUUCAUGACCCUCUUGGUUGUGUACAUUAUAGAUCUGUUUGGAAAUGGGUCCAUAUUAGUGGUCGUCACCUCAGAGCCAAGACUCUACUCUCCCAUGUAUUUUUUCCUGGGAAAUCUUUCUUGUCUGGAUAUCUGCUAUUCUUCAGUGACACUGCCCAUGCUAAUGGCAAACCUCUUCUCCACUCACAAGGCCAUAUCCUUCCUAGGCUGCAUCAGUCAGCUCCACUUCUUCCACUUUCUGGGCGGCACCGAGGCCCUUUUGCUGGCCGUGAUGGGCUUUGACCGAUUCGUGGCCAUCUGCUACCCGCUUCGCUACACUGUCAUCAUGAACCUCCGGGUGUGUAUUCUCUUGGCAGCUGUGGCCUGGAUCACCAGCUUCUUUUAUGCUCUGAUGCAUUCCGUCAUGACCGCACGCCUGAACUUUUGCCACUCUCUGAAACUCAGCUACUUCUUCUGUGAUGUGAAGCCCCUCUUAGAGUUGGCUUGUGGUGACAUUUGGCUCAAUCGAUGGCUCAUUUUUAUUGUCACGGGCAGCUUAUCUAUGGCAGCGUGUUUUCUCACUCUCCUCUCCUACUUCUACAUCAUCACCUUUCUUCUCCUCAAGCACCGGUCCUGCCACAUGCUCCACAAGGCUCUGUCCACUUGUGCCUCCCAUUUCAUGGUGGUGUCUCUCUUCUAUGGAACUGUGGGGCUCACAUACAUCCCCCCUGCCUCUGCCACAUCUGUAUCACAGGCACGGUACGUGGCUGUCAUACACACCACUGUGACUUCGGUGCUGAAUCCACUGAUAUACACCCUUAGGAAUAAGGAAGUGAAGUUGGCUCUGAGGAGAGUCUUUGGGAGGAAAUGGAAGCUGUCUGUCUAAAGAAAAUCACUGGCAACACCAGAGGAAAUGAGAACUGUGUGUUCUCUUGAUGACAUUUAUUUUCUCAUCUAGACUAACUUGGAUCCAUUUCUUGAAUUCUGUUUUCAUUUCAGAAAUUUGUGCCACGUGUAGGUGUGGUCUUCACACAUAUGAUUCCAAUUAUCCUUUAGUUGCUCACACAAAGUAUUUUUUCAACAGGGAAUGUUCACUUUGCAGUGGAAACGAUCCCUACGUUUAUGACAUGAGGACAUGGAUCUUUUUUCAGCUGAGAAGCUGGGCAAAGAAAAGCUGAAGAAGUAACUGCGUGUCUCUUUCCGAAAGUAAAAUGCGUGGAGUAAAAGGCAGAAUCAGCAUGCCCUGGUGGGCACUCUUUUGCAGGGUUGGGUCAAUGAAAGCCUGUUUCAUAAACACCACUUGACAGAACGUGGAAGGAAAUAGUGGAGUGAGUCAUGCGGGUAUGUGAUAGUUUAUCUUGAUGCAGAAAUGACAGUGAAUGGAGCAACAAUGGUGUAGAGUGUUGGUCUUUUAUGGGAGGAAUACAGCGUGUCCCACGUGCCUGGAACUCAGUGGGUAGUGAAGAGAGGGGCAGGAGAUGAGGGCAGAAAAGUGAUGGUAGUCAGGUCUUGGCAUCCAGUUGGUCAGCUGAAGGUUCUCUGCACUUACUCUGGGUAAUGAGCCUGAUAAUGGGGCCCUUGAGCAAGGAAGUGACUUCCUACAACUUCUGUGGUGAAAGAAUCACAGUGUUACUCUCUUGAGAACAGAGAGUAGAGGAACCCAGAUGGAAUUAGCUAGGAUCCCUUAUCAUCCUUUGGAUGAGAAUCGAGGGCAGCCUAGGCCAGGGUAAUGGUGGUGGCGACUGGAGGAGCAUCGAGAUUCUGGAUGUAUUUCGAACACUCAACUUUCAGUAUUUGCCGAUAGCUUCGAUGCGCAGUAGGAAGAUGAGAGGUAUCCCAGAUGAUGAUUAAUUUUCAAUGUCUAUGUUAGUGCCCAGAAAUGCCUGAAGUACAGUGAGAUUAGGCGAUGAACAGAGCAAGGUGUGAAGUAGGUUUUGUUUUGACUUGAGUUCUCCUUCCUACUAAUUAAUCCUCUUUAUGCAAAGUACAGUGUAUUUUGAAAACCUAAUCUUACAUACAAAGGCAGAUGCCAUUACUUUUGUGUGGAACCUGAAAUAUGACAUAAAUGAACUUAUCUGUGAAAUAGCAACUGACUAACAGACAUAGAGAAUAGAGUUGUGGUUGCCAAGGCAGACAGGAGAUUGGGGUGAUGGAUUGGGAGUUUGGGAUUAGCAGAUACAAACUAUUAUACACAGAAUGAAUGAACAAGUCCUGCUGUAUAGCGCUGGGAACUAUAUACAGUAUCCUGUGAUAAACUACGAAGGAAACAGAACAUAUAUGUAUAUAUGUAUAACUGAAUCACUUUGUUGUAGAGCAGAAAUUAACACAACUUUGUAAAUCAACUGUACGUCAAUAAAG